UAUUGUUUAUGGGUAAUAAGCAAAGCUUAAUGAGUAAUAGCUUCAAGUUGAAGGCUAAUAAUGUGGCCACUAGAUUUCCUCCUUUGAUUGCUUCUCCUACACCAAAAAAAGGUGAAACAAACAAUGGUGGCAAACUAUCUGCAUGGACAAGCAUUAGACAAGAAAGAUGGGAAGGUGAACUUCUUGUGCAAGGUCAAAUACCCUCUUGGCUGGAGGGAACAUAUCUACGCAAUGGGCCAGGUUUAUGGCAUAUAGGAGACUACAAUUUCAGGCACCUCUUUGAUGGUUAUGCUACCAUUGUCAAGCUUCAUUUCCAGGACGGACGGCUGGUUGCCGGUCACCGACAGCUCGAAUCGGAGGCCUAUAAGGCGGCCAAAAACAACCGGAAAAUAUGUUAUAGGGAAUUUUCUGAAACCCCUAAACCUAAAAAUUUUCUGGCUUAUAUUGGUGAUUUGGCCAACCUUUUCUCUGGUGCUUCUCUCACUGAUAACGCUAAUACAGGAGUUGUGAAACUUGGAGAUGGACGAGUGGUAUGCCUAACAGAAACACAAAAAGGGUCAAUAAUAAUUGACCCUAACACAUUGGAAACGUUGGGAAAAUUAGAGUUUAAUGACCCUUUUGAAAGGCUACUUCUACACUCUGCUCACCCUAUUGUAACCCAAGAUGAACUGUUGACUUUGCUCCCUGAUUUAGUCAACCCUGGAUAUUUAGCGGUCAGGAUGAAAGCAGGAUCUAAUCUACGGCGAGUGAUUGGAAGAAUUAAUUGUCGAGGUGGGCCCACACCUGGGUGGGUCCACUCUUUCCCUGUGACUGAGAAUUACAUAAUUAUCCCUGAGAUGCCCUUAAGAUAUUGUGUCAAGAAUUUGUUAAGGGCUGAACCAACCCCUCUUUACAAGUUCCAAUGGCUCCCUGAUUCUAAGGCUUUUCUGCAUGUAAUGUGUAGAUUUAGCGGCUCCUUGGUGACAACGGUAGAAGUGCCACUAUUUUUGACAUUCCAUUUCAUAAACGCAUAUGAGGAAACAGACGAAGAAGGGAACGUAAUUGCAAUCAUUGCAGAUUGUUGUGAGCAUAAUGCAGACACUUCUAUUCUCGACAAACUACGGCUUCAAAAUCUACGAACCUCUAUAGGCCAAGAUGUUCUUCCUAGUGCAAGGGUUGGCAGAUUCAAAAUUCCGAUGAACGGGAUGCCAUAUGGGAAGCUAGAAGCUGCAGUGGACCCAGAAGAGCAUGGUAGAGGCAUGGAUAUGUGCAGCAUUAACCCUUCUUACUUGGGUAUUAAAUACCGUUACGCUUAUGCCUGUGGAGCUCGUCGCCCUUGUAACUUUCCUAACACUCUUACUAAGAUUGAUUUAGUAGAAAAGAAGGCCAAAAAUUGGUACGAGGAAGGUGUUGUGCCUUCUGAGCCAUACUUUGUACCUCGUCCUGGAGCAACUGAAGAAGACGAUGGAGUGGUAAUAUCGGUAGUUAGUGGAAAGAAUGGAGAAGGAUAUGCACUACUUCUUGAUGGUUCUACCUUUGAAGAGAUUGCAAGAGCCAAGUUCCCUUAUGGUCUUCCUUAUGGUCUACAUGGAUGUUGGAUUCCUAGUAUGGAUUAA